AUGUUAUCCUAUAAUUCAGAUCACUAUGAACAAUUUGCAAAUUUAUAUGGAAAACCUACAACAGAACAAUUCUGCCCUUCUCUAAUUAAUGAAAAAUCUAAAACUGAGCUAGUACCAAAUAAUAUUCUUAUUUUUGCUAAAAUUAAAGAUUAUAUUAGAUAUAAUUCUUGUAGGAAAACACAAUGCCUCUAUAGCAAUUCUCAGUUAACAGAACAACAAAAACAAGAUUUAAAUUCUGUAAUACAAGCUUAUACUUAUUAA